AUGGCACCCGAUAUCAUCCUAAAAGAUUCCGCAAUACUCGGCGACAAGGCAGUUGCGGCCCACGAAGAACAGAUGCAUGCUGCCACAUUGACGCCGGCGGAAAAAGGGAUCGAGAAGAAGUUGCGUCUGAAAAUCGACUUGCUGAUCAUGCCCAUGGUCAUUCUAGUCUAUUUGAUGAACUACAUUGACAGGAACAACUAUGCGGCCGCACGGCUGCAAGGCCUCGAAGAAGAUCUGAACCUGACUGGUGACGAGUAUCAGGUCGGCCUGAGUAUACUCUUCGUGGCUUAUGUCCUAAUGCAAGUGCCUUCGAACUUGCUGCUGAACUACAGUGGCCGACCGUCACUGUACCUCGGUGGAUGUACCGUCGCAUGGGGGUUAAUCUCGGCUGUGACCAGCCAGGUCCAAAGUUACGGUGGGAUCGUUGCAUGCCGAUUUGUUCUCGGUCUCGUAGAGGCGCCCUUCUUCGCCGGAGUCGUGUUCUACCUGAGCAAAUGGUAUACCAAGGAAGAGCUGUCCCUGCGCAUGUCCAUCUUCUACUGCGGCUCGCUUAUCUCGGGCGCUCGGGGUAUGAGCGCGUGGCAGUGGCUGUAUAUCCUGGAGGGUUCCAUCACCGUUCUGCUUGGCCUCAUCGUCUGCGUCGCCCUGCCGGACUUUCCGGGCACCUGGAAGGGCCUCAGCCCAGAAAUGCAGCGUGUGGCUAACCGCCGACUAGCCAUUGACGCUGCCGAGAUUGACGUGGACGAGGCGGGCGCCAUGAGCCAACUGUACGGGAUGAAGCUCGCCUUUUUGGACCCAAAAACGUACAUUUUGGCAGUCGCCUACCACGCCAUCAAUGGCGCCGCCGGCUUUCAGAACUUCUUCCCGACCUUGACGGCGACCCUAGGCUACUCACAUACUGUGUCGCUACUGUUAGUCGCGCCACCCUAUAUCUUCAUUGUCGUCUGGUCUCUCGGUCAUAGCUACCUAUCGGACCGCCUGGCCAACAGAUUCUGGUUCUUUGUCUACCCGGUACCCCUAACGAUCGUCGGCUUCGUUAUCUUUAUGACUACCGACUCUUUCGGUCCACGCUACUUCAGCUUUUUCUUAAUGAACAUGAUCUUCGCUAUGGUCGGUACUUGCUACGCCUGGAUCAGCAGCGCGAUUCCCCGUCCGCCCGCUAAGCGCGCCGCCACCCUGGCCUUCAUCAACUCGUUCGGCAGCGCCGCCGGCACCUGGACCCCGUUCACGUACUACAAGUCGCAGGGCAACCACUAUCCCGUGGCCCUGGGAAUCUGCAUCGCUAUGCAGGUGCUGGCCGGGAUCUGCGGCCUUCUGCUCCGGCUCAUCCUCGCCCGCGACAAUCGGCGGCUCGCCCGCCUCGAAAACGAGGAUGUGCAACUCAACGAACGCGAGCUGGCCCGGCUCCACAAGACGGCCGAGGUCGAGGGUAUCGACCUUGCCGCGGCGCGCCGGCUGCAGAAGGGAUACCGAUAUAUGCUUUGA